CACAACAUGGGUUAACUGGCAUGCAGGCACCAGAGCUGGAGCUGGCAUCUCUGGGGAUCUUUUCAGCAGAGAGGUGAAAUAAUGACUAAACACAGCUGGCAAGUGUGGGCCAUCUACAUGCUCUUAGCUGCAAACCUCUCUGAACAGCAAGCGCUGAAGCAGGCUUGUCCUUCAUGCAGUGAUGCUCAGCUUUGCAACUGCUCUUCCAUGGGCUUGGACUUCAUUCCCCCAGGGCUCACUGCCAAAAUCACAAUGUUAAACCUGGCCCACAACAGGAUAAAGCACAUCCGAUCCCAGGACCUGCAGCAGGCUGUGAACCUGAGAGCCCUGCUGCUGCAAUCCAACAAAAUCAGCUCCAUAGAUGAAGACUCGUUUCAGUCCCUGGCGAAACUGGAGCUCUUGGACUUAUCAAAUAACAGCUUGGCUCACUUGUCCCCUGUGUGGUUUGGGCACCUUUUCUCGCUCCAGCACCUCCACCUUCAAGGCAAUUUCUACAGAGACCUGGGAGAAAGCUCUCCCUUUUCUGGUCUGAGGAACCUGAGCUCUCUCCGCCUGGGCAACCCACGGUUCUCUGUGAUAAGGCAAGGGAACUUUGAGGGCAUUGAGCUUCUCAACAAGUUGUGGAUUGAUGGUGGUAAUCUCAGUCAGUAUGAGCAGGGAAGUUUGAAAUUGAUUAAGAAGAUAAAUCACAUGGUCAUAAACCUAAGAAAUAUUAAUAUAUUCUCAGAAAUUGUUAGGGACCUUCUGCACUCUGUGACUUGGCUAGAAGUGAGAAGAAUAGCAUUCAGUAACUCUGCUGAAAUGCAACUAUUGAGAGUCAUGUCUUCUUCUUUUGCAAAGAAAAUUUCUUUUAAACAGACCUUAUUAACAGAUGCUACUGUGCCUGAGAUUGUCAGCAUUUUAGAAGACAUGCCAAAAUUAGUGGAGGUGGAGCUAAUAGACUGUAGACUCUUGGGAACUGGACAAUGGGAAAUGCAGAUUCAAGCAAACCAAUCACAGACAGUUAGAGUUCUCACAAUACAGAAAUUAUCUAUAGAAGAAUUUUACUUGUUUACAGAUCUUCGGACUGUGCAAGAUCUACUAUUUCUUUUUACCAGAGUCACAGUUCGAAACACCAAAGUAUUUUUGGUUCCAUGCAGAAUUUCCCAACAUCUUCGGUCAUUAGAGUACCUUGACCUUAGUGCUAAUUUGCUUGGAGACCAGAGUUUAGAGCAUUCAGCCUGUCAGGGUGGUUGGCCAUUACUACAAACUCUAAAUUUAAGUCAGAAUUCACUGGGUGACUUAGAAAUGACAGGUAGAAGUUUGUCUCAUCUAAGAAACCUAAUUGUUUUAGACAUUAGCCAAAACAAUUUUGGUGAGAUUCCAGAUGCAUGCGAAUGGCCAAAAAACCUGAAAUAUUUAAACCUCUCCAGCACUCAAAUUCCUGAAGUAACGACCUGCAUUCCCCCAACGCUGGAAGUUUUGGAUGUUAGUGCUAACAACCUGAAGGAGUUUGGACUGCAGCUCCCAUUUCUGAAAGAGCUGUACCUCACAAAAAACCAGCUGAAGACCCUGCCUGGUGCUGCACCCAUUCCAAACUUAGUGGUCAUGUCAGUCAGGAGAAACAAGCUCAACAGUUUCUCCAAGGAAGAGUUUGAGUCCUUCAAGAGAAUGGAGCUGCUGGAUGCCAGUGACAACAACUUCAUCUGCUCCUGUGAAUUCCUCUCCUUCAUCCACCACCAGGCUGGGAUAUCCCAAGUGCUGGUGGGGUGGCCAGACAAGUACGUCUGUGACUCUCCGCUGGCGGUGAGAGGGGCCCAGGUUGGAGCUGUACACCUCUCCCUGAUGGAGUGCCACAGGUCCCUCGUGGUGUCAUCGAUCUGCAUCCUGGUGUUCCUGGUCAUCCUCAUCCUUGUAGCUGUUGGCUACAAGUACCACGCGGUCUGGUACCUGAGGAUGACCUGGGCGUGGCUCCAAGCCAAGCGGAAGCCCAAGCGAGCCCCGCCAAAGGACAUCUGCUAUGACGCUUUUGUCUCCUACAGUGAGAACGACUCCAACUGGGUGGAAAACGUAAUGGUGCGGGAGCUGGAGCAGGCCUGCCCUCCCUUUCGCCUCUGCCUCCAUAAGCGGGACUUUGUGCCUGGGAAGUGGAUAGUGGACAACAUCAUUGACUCCAUUGAGAAGAGCCACAAAACGCUCUUUGUGCUGUCCGAGCACUUUGUGCAGAGCGAGUGGUGCAAAUACGAGCUGGACUUCUCACAUUUCCGCCUCUUUGAUGAGAACAACGAUGCGGUGAUUCUUGUCCUCCUGGAGCCCAUCCAGAGCAAAACGAUUCCCAAGAGGUUCUGCAAGCUGCGGAAGAUCAUGAACACAAAGACCUACCUGGAGUGGCCUCUUGAAGAAGAGCAGCAGCAGAUGUUUUGGUUUAAUUUGAAAAUAGCUCUAAAAUCCUAGACAGAUUGAAUAUAUUGUAAAUAUACUCUGGAAUUUCUUCCCUUGCCCUUUUGUCCCAUCAAUUAUCUGCAUCUCAAGAACAGAGAGCUGAGCUACUGCAAAUUCUAACACUUGCUGUGAGAUUAUUUUCUUUUUGUAGCCAUGGUUCUGAAUUGUUUUACUGGUCUGG